AUGCCGGUGCCAAAAAGAAACGCAACUCUCUCAUUCCUUGGAUUUGGAAUUGUUCUGUUUAUAGCGGUUUUGUGUCGACCGUAUACUGCGACGUUGUUCCACAGGAUAGAAUAUACGGAUGUAGUGGAUUAUGGUGAUGGUACGCUCGGCUCCAGCAUUUCAAACAUCAUCAGGGCUAAUGAGCUCUCUAAAGUUAUCGGAAUAGAUUUCGGAAGAGCCUGUUCGCGCGUCGGAGUAUUCAGAAACAAUGUAUUCGAGAUUAUUUCUGAUGAGCAAGGUCGCAGUGCGAUACCAAAUUAUGUCGCGUUCCUUGACCGUGGACCUCCCCUGGUGGGAUUUGAAGCAAAGGAGCAGGCUCUCAGCAAUCCUAAAAAUACUAUUUAUGAUUUCAGACGUUUGAUCGGGCGAAGUUUCUCCGAUCCUGAGCUCCAAGAAGCCAUCAAGGAGUUGCCAUAUGACGUUGUGGACGCGAGCGGGGAGCCUUUGAUCAAGAUAGGUACAAAACAUGAUUACACCGGUUACACCCCAGAGGAUAUUUCAGAGUUGGUUUUGAGGAAGUUGAAGAGCAUGGCGGAAAUUCACCUCAACACAACUGUUGGACAUGCCGUCAUCACUGUUCCCUCAUACUUCGACGGAAAACAGCGGCAAGCAACCCAAGACGCUGCGGCAGCUGCAGAGCUGAGUGUACUACGCGUGAUCAAUGAGGCAUCAGCUAUCGGCCUGGCGCAUCGUCUUGACAUCAAGCCCUGCGAUGAAGCUGCAGGGCGAUUCGACUGCACUUAUAUUUUGUACGACAUCAGGGAAAAAGAAUCUGAGUUGACUCUUCUCUCGAUUGAUCGCGGAGUAUUUGAGAUUGUAGGAACUGUGGGAGAUGGGCACUUGGGGUGGGAGGACUUCGAAGUCCCCUCUGAGACAGCCCAUGUUCAAUUGAAGGCCCCAAGCAAUCAACAAUCGGAACGAAUCCUCGCACUAGUCAAGCGGCUUCUCCUCGACGCCAGAUUGGAGAAGAAGGACGUCGAUGGGAUCAUUGUCACCGGUGACCCCUUGCAAAUUUCGAAGAUCCAAGCGGUUCUGGAAGCUUACUUCCCGGACAAGAUUGCACUCACUCCAUCUGGCUUCGGGCACGACCAAGCUAUUGUAUGUGGGGCUGCAACGCAAGGCCAGCUGUUCAGUGAGGUAUACCAGGACUCGACUCCGCAAUGGACAGAUGUCAAUCCGCUAAGCCUUGGUAUCGAAACCAGCACUGGGGCUUUCCUGAGGGUGAUCAAUCGAAACUCUGUUAUCCCAACACGCAAAGCACGCGUUGUAUCGACAUCUGCGGAUACCCAAGGGAAGGUCACGAUCAGGAUUCUAGAGGGCGAGCGAGAAGUUGCUAGCAAGAACAAGUUAAUUGGCACUCUUGAGCUUACCGGAAUUUCAACCGAGCCGAAAGGGGUACCGGAGAUUGAGAUAUCGUUCGAGUUGGACGCUGAUGAGAUCUUGACGGCUACCGCGAAGCUAAAGUGGGAAGAAUCGGAGGUUGCAAAACUUGUCGUUGCUGUUAGGAGGAGGCGAUACACCGAGCAGGAAAUCGAUGAUAUUGUGCGGGAAGGGGAGAAGUUUCACGAGGAGGAUUUAGAACUUAUUAAUUAUAAAUACUAA